AACCAAAUUGUUUCAAAAAAAUUUAACUCGACAUAUUUUGAAUAUUAAUUUCAAAUUUUUCGAAGCAACAAUAAUUUAUAUACACAUAACUAUUUUCGCAUAUAUUUUAUACAAGUGAACGCGAGGUCCAAAGAAACCACAGAUUACAAAAAUUCCAGAGAUCCACCACUGCCAUGUACCACAAUCAGUACAUUUAUGCGCGUGAGCGGCGCCGCUUUGGACGCCAGCCGCUGCUAAGCGAUCGCACACAGCUGAUGCUGAGCAUACAGCCGAGCCAACGCAUGCGCAACUCGUACAUCUUACGUAAUCCGAUGAAUAGCAGCACACAACUGAGCGAUCAAAUGGCCUACAGCUGGGUGGAGACAGAGAAUGUGACCUAUGCCGAGCAUGGCAUGUACCAUUACGAGGGCGGUUGGCCGCGCGAAGUCAACAUCAACGACGAAGAGUCGACAAUGCGCUAUCGCAAGAAGAUCGAACGCGAGGACAAUUGGGGUGUACAAGUGAUGCAUCUGAUACACACUUCGAUGGAUGUGACGGCACAAAAUAGCGCGGUGAAUAUUUAUCAAGAAUUCUUCGUCGAUCUGCCGCCAGAGCUGGGUAAAGAUAUACGCAUGCCAUUUGAGGCGCGUCAAUGCAAUAUAUUUCAUGAUCCACAAAAGCCGGUGCGUCCCAUCACCGUGCUCGAUUGGAUGCCGAGUGAGCGGCGGAAAUUUAUGUCGCAACCGACCAACUUCAAUAAGUUGGCACCGGCAAGCCCGCAAGUAAAACCAAAAGGAAUGGGCGAUACCGAAGACGAAUCGGAAAGUCAACCCAGUGUACAAGAGCCGGCGCGCACCGACGCGAAUCCCAACUCGUUCUAUGUGUGGAACCAAGCUAACGCCUUGAAUCCGGAAGUGGUGCUCGAAUCCACAGAGCCGGUACGGCUUGCGCAUUUCUGUCCACGUGAUGACAAUUUCAUAGCGGCCGGUCUGCAAUCCGGCAUGGUGGCGCUAUGGGAUGCGCGUAAUGGCGGUAAACCGUUGAAGAUUUCACCGCUUGAGGCCGCACAUCGUGAGGAGGCGGCCGCCUUGUGUUGGGUGCAUUCGAAAUCGAAUUCUGAGUUCUAUAGCGGUUCAUAUGAUGGCUCGGUAAAAUACUGGGACGCCCGCGAUUUGGAAACACCCUUGCAAGAGAUACUAAUCGAUCCCGAACCAACCGACGAGCAGAAGAGUGAACGCGCACACGGUGUUACAGUGUUGGAAUUCGAGUACACCAUACCGGUGCGUUAUAUUAUUGCCAGCGAUCAGGGUUAUAUAUUUAUCGGUAAUCGUAAGGGUAUGCUGCCGACCGAGGUGUUACUCUCCAAUUAUCGGCUCUUCUCGGGCCCGAUACGCACGAUUGAACGCAAUCCAUUCUUUGUGAAGAAUUUUCUAAUUGCCGCCGAUUGGUGUGUGAAAAUCUGGGCGGAGGAGUGUAAAGGUGCGCCCACAACGCUGCUGAUGAAGAAGAAGAACGAAAUGUUGUGUGGUACUUGGAGUCCAGCGCGUUGUUCGCUCUUCGUGACUGGCGAUGCGCGCGGCGAAGUCGACUUUUGGGACAUACUAUUGCAUCAGCGGAAGCCCUUAUUUACGCUGAAACUGAAACGUCCCAUAAAAUAUGUCAAAUUUCGUCCAGAUGGUAAGUACUUGGCGGUGGCGCUGGAAAAUGGUGAUGUGCAACUAUUCGAACUUGAUCCGGCUUUGAGACAAAGCGCCGCUAAGGACAAAGCUUUACUAAUGGCGCUCUUCGAACGCGAACUCUUUCGCUCCAAAUUGCUGGAAGGACGUGUCGAAGAAGUCAAACUCAAACGCAAAACUUCACUCUUGGAAGCAGAGACCAAGCAACGCGAAGCCGAAUUGGAUUUGAUCGCCGAACUAGAUCCCGAUGACCCUGAUCAAUUCUUGCAGAUCAUCGAGAAUGAUCACGAAUUCAAGGAUAUGCUGAAAAUGUUCAAGGAUAGCACAUUCAAUAUAGACAAAAAGCGACAGGAGCGCCAAUUCGUUAUGGAACGCACCGAUUUUGAGAAGGUCGAAGACGGUUCCCAAACCGAUUUAGAGGGACUCACCGCCGAGGAGAUCGCGGCGCUAAAAGGUAAGGCGGCGGGCGGACAAGGUGAUGCAACCAGUGCAACGACCGCGGCAGCAGCAGCCGCUGGCGGUAAGGGUGGUGCUACUGCGGCCGGUGCAGCAGGCGCUGCCGGCGCAGAUGAGAAAGAGGCAGCAACCGGUGAUAAACGCAUAAAAGUGCUGAAGCGCAUGGCGGACAAGGAUAAAUAAUGGACUGAGAUAUGAAUGUAUAUUUUUUAUGAGAAAACUUUAUUAUAACGGCAUUUAUGUAGAAAAAAACUAAUAUUUAGAUAUUAAAAAACGCAUAUUUUCUCCGCCAACUCUGCUAUGUUCACAGCGCGCAUAUCCACCACAAUAACGCUCAUUUGUCGACGCACAGCGCUCGCUUUGCGCACCAGCAGCUUCACCUCGAAGUAAUCCAUUAAAAAUUUCCAUUUGCACGCCGCUUUCUGCUGCUCACUUAACGCUUCAUAUGCUUGCGGCGUCAGCGCCAGCACGCGCUCGGCGACAGCGCCCAAGAGCCGCGUCUCCAACAAGGUGCCAGUGUGAUCGCUAAACUGCACAUUGAUGUUGAAAAAACACUCGUACUGCACGCCGUCGUGCUGCAGCGAAAACUCUAGCUGGCAUUUAGGCGCAUCGCAUAUGGACUGAUUACGCGACAACAAGGCGUGGCAAGAUUUGCUGGUUGGAGUAUGAAAAUUUUUAGUGUUUGAUUUGAGUUUAAUGAACUCAGUUUCGCUUACCACCUGCGACUGAUGACCUGACCAAUGCCAUCGAAAUCGAAAUGUGUCAACAUGGCAUAGAGCACAGCGGUAAAUUGCUCAGUGUCAGCUUUGAGUUGACCCUCAGCGCGCGCGUAGAGCUGCUUAACGGUCAUCUGUGUCUUUAUUUCAGCGGCUGAAAUGU